AUGUCUCCAAGAGUCAGCGGCUCCUGGGGUGCCUCGUCUGCAUCAGCUGCUGCGGCACAGCUUCGGCAGCUGCAGCAGCAGCAGCAGCAGCAGCAGCAGCAGCAGCAGCAGCAGCAGCAGCAGCAGCAACAACAGCAGCAGCAGGAGGAGAAGCGCCCCAGACUCGCGUCCGCGCCUGGCCGCACCUCCAUCAGCGCCGGCAGCCUUCUGCACGCCAGCGACGGCGGCGGCGGCACUGGCGCCGGCGCGGCCGCGGGCGCCUACCCAGCAAAUGCAGCAGGCCCCAGCCAGCGGACGCCGCAGGCCGCCGCGGUGUGCGUCGCCCUUCACAUCCGCCCCAUGAGCAGCGGCGAGCGCCAGGAUGGCAGCGAGCCGCUGGUCAUCGUCGCGCCCAGCGGCACGGAGGUGACUCUCAAGGGGGAGACUCGCGGCGAAUCGUUCGGGUUCGACGCCGUCUUUGGCGCCGACGGCAGCGGGGGCGCGGCGCCGAGCGCCGCGCUCUACGUGCGCUGCGUCGCGCCGCUCGUGGAGGGCGUCUUUGCGGGCAUCAACGGCACAGUGUUUGCUUACGGCCAGACGGGCGCCGGCAAAUCAUUCACUAUGGGCACCGACAUGGACCGCUGCUACGAGGCCCUGCAGCUGCCGCCCCCUCAUCAGCGCGGCAAGCACCAGCGCUGCGCGCAGCAGGACGGCGGCGCGGAGGCCGGAGGGCCGCGCGGCGCGGACCUGCAGGCCGGCGGCGGCGCUUGCGACGCGCAGACGUGGCAGCCCCUGAUCCACGAGGCGAUCGACGACGUGUGUGCGCGGUCCAAGGCGAUGCAGGCGCAGGGGGUGGAGGUCCAGGUGGUCUGCAGCUUCAUAGAGCCCGUCCGGAGCAGCCUCAGCUCGGGCGGCGGCGGCAGCCCCACUGCCGCGGCACUGUCGGCCGCGGCCGCGGGGUCGGCGUGGGGGAGCAGCGGUGGGGGGUCGCGCGUGCUGGCGUAUCGGGAUCCAGAUCCGACGAAAGACAUCCUGAUUGUCGGGCUUGAGGAGGUCAAGGUGACCAACCGUGAGCAGCUGCUGCAGUGCCUGCUUGACGGCCUCCGCGCCCGCGCCACCGCCGCCACCAACGCCAACGCCCACUCGUCCCGGAGCCACGCGGUCUUCACCAUCCGCGUUCGCCAGACGGCGCGGCGCCUCCUGCUGCACCCCGCGCCCGGCGCCGCCGCCGCCGCGGCCGCGGCCGCGCCCGAGGCUUCCCCUCGGACGGGCGGCGCGGCCUCGGCCGGCGGCGGCGCCGCCGUUGACCGCGCGUCGCGGCCGUGCUUUGACUUUUUAGAGGAGACGCUCGAGUCAAAGCUGCACCUGGUCGACCUUGCCGGCAGCGAGCGCGCGGGCCGCGACUGCCGCGGCGGGCCCGCCGGCGCGGCGCGCCUGCUGGAGUCGUGCAGCAUCAACCAGGGCCUGCUGGCGCUGGGCAACGUGAUCGAGGCGCUGGCCGACAAGCGCAGGCAUGUCCCCUACCGAGACCACGUGCUGACACGGCUGCUGCGCAACGCGCUGGGCGGCAACAGCCGCACCGUCAUGUGCGCCUGCGUCAGUCCUGCAGACGCGCACGUUUCGGAGACCCUCAGCACCCUCAGGUACGCCUCUCGGGCGCGCACGAUCACCAACACACCGGUGGUCAACAGCGCGCAGCGCAAGGCGGAGCUGGGGGCGCUGCGGCAGGAGAACGAGGCUAUGCGCGACCAGCUGCGGGCGAUGCAGCUGCGGGACAUCGAGGCGGCGUCAGCACAGGUGGCAGCGGCGUGCGGGGCUGCGGGCGGCGGCGGCACCGGGGCGGCGCGCUACAUGGACUGGCUGCUGCGGGUCACGUCUCAGCAGGCAGAGGUGUCCACCCUGAUAGAGGCGGAGCGGGCUGAGCAGCGCCACCUGGAAAACCGCCUCUCCGAGGUUGCCGGCGCGGCCGGCGCCGCCAGGUGUCCUGCGGACGCGGCGGCGUCGCAGGCGGCUGCGGUUGCAGACGAGUCGCUGCCCGACGUGGGCGCCGAGGGGUUGCAAGCUGCAGCCUGCUUGGGUGGCCCAUCGGAGCGACCGCGGCCAGGGUUUGCGGCCGAGGGCUGUGAGUCGGGAGAGGCCGCCGCGCAGGGGGAGCCGCGCUCGUGCUACCUAGAGCAGCGGCUCCGAGAGUGCGCCGACAGGCUCCAACUUUAUGUGACUUGGCAGCAGCGGCUACAGGCUCUGCGCCUCCAGGCGGCAAUCGCAGAUGCACUGGAGCAGGGCUGGAAGGAGGAGGGGCAGCAGCAGCCAGCCAUUCACGACCUGCAGCGCCUGACUCAGGCGGUUUGGAGGGACGCGCUGUCGCUGGGGCUGCAGCCGUGGCAGGCGUUCGCGGCGCUGCUGUCCGCCGCCUCGGCGCUGCGCGUGCGCGCCGAGGCGCUGCGGGCGCGCGCCGAGGCGGCGGAGUGCGAGGCGGCGCUGCGGCGGCGGCUGGCGGCGGCGGCCAGGGCGGAGGUGGCUGCGAUGGCGGCAGUCCAGCUGGAGACGAGGGGCCCGGGGCCCACGCGCAUGGUGGGUGCGAAUGCGGUUGCUGGGUGGAUCGUUUGA